AUGUCGUCCUGCACCCCAAGCCCCAGGUUUGCACCCCAGAUCCCAGGUCUGCACCCAGGGAAGGUGCCAGCCAGCAGCAUCCUGGCCAGCGCUCCCUCGGACAAAAACGGGUGGGGCGAGUCGGGCUGCCGGACCACGCACUGCAACCUUGAGGUGCUGCAGGAGAGCACCCUGGUCUUCCUGGCCACCAAACCCCACGUCCUGCCGGGCGUCCUGCAGGAGAUCCGUCCUGCUGUGGGAUCCCACCACGUCGUCGUCUCGCUGGUGGCCGGCGUCACCCUCCAGACACUGCAGCGGCUUCUCCCUGUUGGGACCAAGGUGCUGCGGCUCAUGCCCAACCUGCCGUGCGUGGUGCAGGCAGGGGCGAUGGUCUUCGCCCGGGGCAGCAGUGCCGGUGAUGGAGAAGCCGCCCUGCUGAAGAACCUGCUGUCCUCCUGCGGGCUGUGCGAGGAGGUCCUUGAAUCCCACAUCGACAUCCACACCGGUCUCAGCGGCAGCGGGGUGGCCUACGUCUACCUGUUUGCCGAAGCUUUGGCCGAGGGAGCAGUGAAGAUGGGGAUGCCGGGCGGCUUAGCCAGCAGGAUCGCGGCUCAGACGUUGCUGGGUGCAGCGAAGAUGAUGCUGGAGACGGGGGAGCACCCGGCGAAGCUGCGAGGAGAUGUCUGCACCCCUGGGGGCACCACCAUCCAUGCACUCCACCAGCUGGAGAAGGGUGCGCUGCGAGCCACCGUCAUGGACGCCGUGGAGGUGGCCACCAACCGGGCACGCGACAUGGCCAAGGAUUAG